AUGAAAAUCAUGCAAAAGCAGUCUUCUAAUCAUCCUAGUGAAUAUGUAAAAAAUAUGAAAAAGCUAUCAAAGUUGGCAGGAUUCGAUCAUCAAAAUUCUAUAGUAUUCAGCAUACUUAUUAGAGAAAUCAAAGCAUUAGAGAAAAAAAUAAGUAACUAUUAUUUUCGACUCAAAAAGCUUGAAAGAUAUGUUAACUGUAUAGAAGAACAAACUGGUAAAGAACUAACUGAUUUCUCUGAGUCUAGUUUAUUUGAGUCUGAAGUGAAGGAGAUAGUUGCAUCUGAGUGCAGUUUAUUCGAAGGAAUAAAAGUCAAAUGCAUAAAAACAUUAACCGAAAGCUGA